AUGGACGACCCAGCGAGUCGUGUCCCGGCGCAGCUGCUGCCGCAUAUGCACCUGGUGUCGCGAUAUCGCUACCCGUUGAUGCAUAUGUUGCCCACCGACACCGUGGUCGAAUACCUACUCACCGCGCCCAAAGUCGUCCGCGAACUGCAGCCGAUGCACUGGACUUUCCUUGAUGGACCUCAAGAUGGUACUGUGAUGCUCACCUGGCAGCCGCUGAACCAUUUGACAACUAGCUUUGCCAGCGAUGGCUAUGUCUGGGCUGAUGUCGAGCAGGCCUUUACCUUUGAAGCUCGCGGUUAUACCGUCGAAAUGUGGCUGCAUCGCAGCGGCUACCACCCUCCCAACGAACCUGCUGCGAUUCACUGUCGCAGACGCUACCGAUUGUUACCCUCCAAAGUGCCCAAUCCGAACCUGCCUCCCGCGGACCCGUCCCUCUGGAUCGUUCACUAUUCGAGAGCCCCUCCGACGGAUCAUAUCCACGCGAACCGCAUCCCGAUCGCACCUCAAGUUCAGAGCAUGCUGGCCCAGCGGCGGUUUCUGCAGAGCCAGGGGCAGUUGGCCCGCAAAGAUUUCAUGCUGCAUGAUCGCAACAGCUGGCCAAGCAUCAACCUCCCGCCGCAGAUGGCUCCACAGGGAUUUGCGCACCCCGCAGGACCCUAUGCCGCUGCCAUGCCGGGCCGUCCACCAUUCUAUGCCCAGCCAGGCCAGGUCCUUGCUGGCCCAGCCGGAGCCGCUCCGGCCAAGGCGCCUCGCGGUCAUCGGGCCCCGUCUGUUGCCAUGAACGCCGCGACCGCCGAUUUUGCGCUCGAAGAUGAGGAUGUCUCUGCGGGAGAUAUGAUGGACUUGUUGACCCCCCGCGAAGUCAGCAAAAUGCGAUAUCAGCAACACCACGAAUGGAUGGAAGAGAUCUUCGCUUCGCCCUAUGCGAUCAACCAGAUUACGCCCGUGUCGCUGGGUUUGGGUCGGAAGGGCGAACUGGAAUCACUGACAUUGGGCUUCUUCGAUGCUCCUGUGGGGCCUAGUGCCAAUGGAGAAAAUAAGGAAUCCAAGGAUGCGCCGGAUUCUGCCGCAGCCAAGAUGGAACCCGCCAAGGCGGAGGAGUUCGCGGAUCGCGUGGCCAAGAAAGUGGCAGACAUGACUGCUGAGAUUGAGAAGUUGAAGAAGCGCCAUGCGAAGCGCAUGGAGCGCUUCAACCGUACAUCUUUGUUCAAGGAUGCGGAGCUUCGACUGCGUGAGGCAGCCACCGACCCGACUGACACCGGAUCGGAAAACUGGCGAUUGGAGGGCCGGAUCGAGAUUCCCACCGAAGAGGACGGUACACCGGUGGAGCCGAUGGUGCAAGAGAAACCCAAGUACAAGGUCGAUGAUAUCAUCCGGGAGGUGGAAGGUUCAUACCAGAAGCAGAUCACGCCGGAACCAAAAAUCUCGUGUGUGCAAAAGGGCGGGUUGCUGGAGAAGAUCGAACCAGAACCCAAACCGGACACUGCUAUUGGCGAUAUCGUCAUGGAACAUGCCGACAGCCACUUGCUCGACCAAUUCGGCUCUCCUAACAACCAGCAGACACAGCCACAACCGGGCCAGGACGUUGAGAUGAACAUGGGCGAUGGUCGACCGGUGAAUACAGCCACAGGCGAAACCGGCGACUGGGUGAUGGUCAACAACGAAGAGAAGCAAAAUCAAGGGGCCGCGACAGCCGGCACGGGUCAAACCUUGAUCCCUGGACAAACAGGAAACGCCGGUGAUACGGGACUUGACACGAGCAACUUCGAUUUCACCAACAUGGACAGCGCAGGCGACGCUUUGGCUGCCUAUACGGAGCAGAACGAGGGGUUGGAUCUUCCAGAUCUGGAGACGUCGGCGUUUGGGGACGCAUUCCACGCGUCGGAUCACGAGAAUACUCACCACCAUCACGAUGCGGAUGAUAUGUCGUGA